CUGUGCUUCUGGGCAGAGGUCUCAGCCCUUGCAUCCGAAGUUUUUGAGCUACACUCGAUGGACGAGCCGUCGACCGCUGAGCUGGUGCUCGUCAAAGGCCGAGCAAAACCGGAAGGUCUUGACGAUUUCUUCGAAUUCGAGCAAAGCAGCGGAAGCGUCGAGCUAUCUAACUCCUUACUGACGGCUGUCUUCAGUGGCAACACCGGAUUUUUGAAGGAAAUUCGUCUGGAAUCCGGUGAAAAAGUUGAUGUCAACGCGCACUUUGUAAAGUACGGGGCCCGCCCUAGUGGAUCGCUAAAAAAUCGUGGUGGCGACAACCUCUCCGGUGCGUAUAUCUUCUUGCCGAAUGGGGCAGCAAAACCGAUGGAUUAUGUUUCACAGCCAGCAUUUGUCGUAGCUGAAGGGCCGUUGGUGAAGCGUGUGCUUGCGAUGGGCCCGAACGACGGGAAAUUGGUCCAAAGCUAUUCGCUUGAAAAGGGAUCCUACUUAAUCGGCAUUUGCAACACCAUCGAUCUCAGCAACCGCCCCGAUAAUAUCGAGGUGGCGCUUCGUUUUGAGACGAAUAUCGACAGCGGCGCCGAUCUUUUCACCGAUCUGAACGGCUUGCAGAUGAUUCGCCAUGUCGAGGUGAUGCUGGAUCGCCGAACGCAACAAGAUGACAACCGCGGGCUCUUGCAGGCUCUUGCUGACAACCGUCCGACCGUCUCGCAUUUCCGCCUCCUCCUCGAGCCGCUGGAGACGACAAGCCAAAAGAUUGCGGAUUCCCCGAUGGGCCAUCUAACUUCCAUUGCACACCACGCCUCGUUGAGUCUACUGUAUCCCUGGGUGAAAAUCAUGGGCAAAGGUAUCCCAACCCACAGGAACGUGCGUGGACUAACAUCUUCUCUCCCCUGUGACGUUCAUCUGGUGACACUACGCACGAUGACUGGCCCGACCGAUUACAACAAUAACCGUGCCGUGAAGCCAAAGAACGAGGCGGCUCUUGUCUUACGACGCUGGCUGCCUGAAUGCCGUGGCUCACGUAGCAUUUUGGAUCAGGAAUGCACUAAUCUGACGCAGGUCAAUGUUCGUGAUCUUUUCGUGGGGAGCGUCAAGUCGGUGCACGAGGCCUCGCUGACGAUGCUCUACGUAGACGAAACGCCGCGCGAGCUCGUUGCGCUAGAGCCUCAUCGGGUGAAAACUGUGAAGAUUGUGUAU